CUGGAGCGGAGGCAGGCUGCGCACACUCUCUGUCUGCAGGAUUGGAACGUGGUUACCCCAGUCAACUUUCUCUCAAGUCGUCGGGGCAAAGAGGAAGAAAUACGAGGAAUAGGAUAAACGACUGGAGUGGUUACCCUCCUUCUCCUCCUCACACGGUAAAUUGAAUGAAGGGGCUCUUUCCGACUCGAAAAGCAUGAGACAAGCUCAUGUAGCCUGAGCAUUGAUUUAAUAUACCCGUCCAGUCCUUGACUUCGUUGUUGUUUUUGACGGAUACACAUGUGUCGGGAAUGCUACCAUGGCCACGCCGAACAGCCUUCAGCAGCAGCAGGAUUACUUCAGAAGCGUCAGCAACGAAUCCACAACGUAUAUGAUGGUCCCGGCCACGGCAAACACGCGUCGCGAUGCCGCGCCAUCCAAGAUGUGGAUCGCAAUGGUGGUGAUUGUGGUGAUCGUUCUACAGAUUGCCUCGACCACCGGACUGUUCGUGUACCUGAAUAUGUCAGUAUCACAGGUGCGUAGCCAGGGUGUAACAGAGGAGCUGAAGUGUCUCAGUCUGUUAAAUGCUCUGGAUAAAGACCAAGACAUCCCAGAGAACCUGGCUCAGCUGUUUGGAGAGCCCUGCAUCAAACUGGCCGAGGGCAUCAAGGCCUACAUCUCUAAGGUGACAGAGAACAUAAUCUCAAAGCAGACGUUUCAAGAAGCGAGAACGUUACCUCACACCUUCAACACUUCGGGGUCAAAGUUCGCUACCUCUGUGCCCCAGCGGCCGUCAGCCCACCUGACCCUCAGAGACAGCAGCACUCAAGGGUCUCCCGUGUAUCCCACCCCCCAGCCCGACCUCCACCAAUCAUGUCGCCACCCAGUCCGCUCGUGGACCAAUCAGAGCUUCGGAGCCCACCUUCACAACAUGACCUUAGCCGAUGGGAGGCUGCGUGUGCCCCAGGAUGGGCGUUACUACAUGUACUCUCAGGUCUACUUCCGCUACCCGUCGCCCAGUGAAGGGGACCAGCCAACAGCCAGUCACCAGCUGGUCCAGUGUGUCUACAAGAAGACGUCCUACCUGCGGCCCAUCCAGUUGUUGAAGGGCGUAGGCACUAAGUGUUGGGCCCCAGAGGCGGAGUACGCCCUCCACUCUGUCUACCAGGGAGGGCUGUUUGAGCUGAGGGCCGGGGAUGAGCUCUUCGUCUCUGUCUCUUCCCCCACCAUGGUUCAUGCAGAGGAGUCAUCAAGUUAUUUUGGGGUGUUCCGUUUGGAUCUGUAAAGAUGGAUGGAUGGAGGAGAGAGAGAGGAGACCACUGCCAGAAGAGGGUAUGGGGUGGGAUGAAAAGGAUAGGGUGAGGAACGGAGGCAGCGUGAGGACACUGCCAGAGUUAGGAAUUAGGGGGUGAAAGGAGGGAUUUAGAGGAGAGGAGGAGGGAAGGGUGAGACCCCAAGGACUAACUCCCCCAUUCUUUCCAAAGUGAAUUGUAAAUAGAUCUGUAGAUUCUACAUGUGAAGGAGGGAGUUAUGAACCUCAAAACAUUGGAUGGACACAGAGGAUCAAAAGACAGAAGAAUGUAUUCAUUUAUAAUUCACAUCAUAUAAUGUGGAACUAUGGAACAGAAUGGUAGCAGAAAAAAAGAAAUGUAUGUGAUAGCCAAGAGUGGUGCAGUAUGCUCGCUGUAUCUGUGCCAUUUAUACACACAUUACAUACUGACUGUAUAGAAAGGAGUUGAGCACAGAACUAGAAUGAGUUAUAUUCUAAUCAUUCUAUUUCUGUGAAGUUGACUGUCUGUUCCAAAGGUUCUAACUGGACAUUCGGCGGUUUGGGAAAUUAGAACAAAUACUAAUAUGUUGUAUACAAGACCAUUUAGAGAAAGAAGAAGAGUGGAUGACUUUUGCUCGCUGCUUUGUUGAGGACUUUUAAACUUUGGAUGUAAGACAGUUUGGAAGAGGACUCUUUGUUGUUGUUUAAACGACAUUGGACACUGUUGAACACAGUUAUGGAUUGAAUAAAGGAGAAGAAGAGGAGGAUAAGGAAAGGGCAGAGGAAUGGAACAGACAGUACAAAGAAAGGACAGAGAGAGCGAAAGAGGGGUAUAUGGCCCUACCAGUCUCUUAAGUAAACGUUGUCUCUUGCUCUCUUUCUUUCUCUCUUAUCUCUCUCUCUCUGGAAUCUCUCUCUCUGGAAUCUCUCUGGUCUCCACCUGUCUGUCCAGUGUAACCUGUGGAACAGCAUACUGACGCCGGGAAACACAUACACACACACACACACACACACACACACUGUCGGACCUACUUUAAGUCCAUGCCAGUCAGCAACAAUUGGCAGAAAGUAAACACACUUUAAUCUAAACACAAACCAUACACAGUACAUCAUGGUUCCCUGCCCUACAGACACACUUCACUUCUCUCUCUGAGACACACACACACACCUUUGUCGUCUGGUAAUUGUCAGUGCACAAGCGGAGGCUGUGUGUGUGUGUGUGUGUGUGUGUGUGUGUGUGUGUGUGUGUGUGUGUGUGUGUGUGUGUGUGUGUGUGUGUGUGUCUUCAGUGUUCAUUGGCUCCGUGGUUGUCUCGGAGGAAAGGUUAAACAAACAUACAGUAGGGUUUGUUUGGGGGCGCGCCUGCCAGCUUUGUAUUCUUUGUUUUACAGAGAAACAUGCAACACACACAAACACUUUCUCUCUCUCAAAGAGGAACACGAAAUACACCCACACACACAGUCAGACACACGAGAGGGACGCCGCGGAACACGAGACACAUGCAGAAAAACACACAAACACACAGACACACAAGAGGAACUCCGCAGAACACGCAACACAUUCAAAUGCAUAGAUAUUCACAUGAUAGGGACUCCGCAGAACACGCAACACAUUCAAAUGCAUAAAUAUACACAUGAUAGGGACUCCGCAGAACAUGCAACCCACACGCCCACACUCUCUCUCUUACACAUACACACGCACACACAUAACACACAAAACUGGGUGACGAUUAACCACCUCUUCCAAGAAUCUGUGGUGGGUUGUAUCUGUGUUUAUAGUGUAUGUACAGGUGUAGGAUCUUAAUUUGAUCCAUAAUGCAGGAACAUAAUCCUGCAGCAACAGUAAAUGUGAAUUAUUCUAAUUAUAUUAUAAUUCUUGGACAUUUUUGUGGGGGGUUUUGCGGGGGAAAUUACAAACUUCAGAAGUCUUUUUAAACCUCAAAUACACAACAAUUUAGAAAUUUCCUGCACCCGCAAAUUAAGAGCCUCCAUCUGUAUAGUUCUUAUACUGUGUAAACUUGAGGGAGAGGGUGGAGACACCAAGUGAACCAUAAAUUGUUAGUUUUUUUCACAA